AUGACUUCCAAAGAAAUUUUCAAUAUAACAAAUGACGACAACGUGUACAAGCAUGCUUCUUUGGAUACAGUCCCUUUCUUCCGAUUCCAAGAAAUCCCACGAGAAGCUUCAUUCUUAAACCGUUGCAAAUCAAGCGGUAACUUAGAAUCUCUCUAUAGAGAAGGCAUGGAAGUAUACUUCACUAACUUGGAGUUUUAUGAGAAGGGAUUGGAUAAGAUACAUAUAGCUGCUCGAAAAGGACACAAAAGAUCAAUGUACGCCUUUGCCAUGGUUGUUCUAAUGAGCAGUGAUACAAUAAGAAUGGGAUUUUUAGGGAUCCAAGAAUUUCAGAAGGCUUUGCGAUAUCUGAGAUUUUUAAGGAAUCAGAAGUGUGCGCUUCAGUGUAGAAAUGAUGUUGCGAAAUUUGUUCGUUGUUUGAGGUGGAAUAAUAUGCGUCCUGAUCUUGCGAUGCAAGCAAGAGAGCGUCUAUGUAAUAAUGUUCCAUGCACAAAUACUUGGGGACUCAAAGUUGGAAGUUGGUGCUUCAUGACUGAAGAUGAUGAUGAGAAUGAUCCAAACAUGUGUGAAAAUUGCAGAUGGGAUCAUGAAGUAGAAGAAUUUUGCACUAUGAUAUAA